GGAUUCUGGGUUUCUAAAACGUUCGUUUCUUCCACGUUCUCUGUCAGUGGCCCCGUGCCAUGCACGGGAUAACAGUAACACAAAACUUAAAAGUUGACUAUUUCGUGCGGCGGCCACUGUCGGUAACGGCUAACAGCAUAGCCGUAGCACACUAGGAGUCUAUCAGUCAUCAUCCAUCCACACUGCGUAAUCGUAGUUACAGGCUAUGGCAAACCUCUAUGAUUUAGAGACUACUCUUAAGUCAGACUCUGAAGUGGGAAUGAGAGAGUGUGAGCUACUACUGCCGUUCUCGGAUGCAAGCAUGAGAAGCUUCGACAGUGGAGAUGUAUUCAGAGCACUGCGGUUCAUAUGGUUUCUCACUUUCGCUUUAAUGUCUUACGGUUUCUUCUUUCUCGACAGGCAUUGGUCCGAUCGCUACCAACUGGUAGUGUUCUUCAACAGUCAACAAUUCAAUAUCGGCAACCAAAUCACGAAUGUCGAUUUUUCUCCUAACGCAAAUAAGGAAUUCGAUCUAUCAAAGUCUAUUGCUAAACAGACCGACAAGGUUCCCGAUUCAAAAUCUCCACCAUCUGCUCCGCCGCCGGCAGAGGUGGGUUUGUUCGAGAGAAUAGGGAUUGUAGAUGAGAAUGGGAUAAUGACGGAGGAAUUCGAGAUAGGUGGAUUUGAUCCCGAUGUGGUCGAGAAUUUUGGGAACGAUAAGGAAAUAAGAGAGAGAAAGAGUGAGGGUACUGGGGUUAGGGUUAAGAAAUUCGAAUUGUGUCCGGCGAGCAUGAGAGAUUAUAUACCUUGUCUUGAUAAUGUCGAUGACAUUAAGAAGCUGAAGACGACGAAGAGGGGAGAGAGUUUCGAGCGGCAUUGUCCUGGGGAAGGUAAGAAUUUGAAUUGCUUGGUUCCGGCACCGGAGGGCUACAGGACUCCAAUUCCGUGGCCGAGAAGCAGGGAUGAGGUGCAGUUCAGUAAUGUACCUGAUACGUGUUUGGUUGAAGAUAAAGGGGGUCAGAAUUCGAUUAAAAGAGUGGGGGAUAAAUUAAAAAUUUCAGGAGGUGGAACCCAGUUUAUACAUGGUGCUGAUCUAUAUUUGCAUCAAAUUGUAGAGAUGGUUCCUGAUGUUGCGUUUGGCCAUCAUACUCGUGUCACCUUGGAUGUUGGGUGUGGAGUAGCAAACUUUGGUGCUGAUCUUCUUUCAUGGAAUGUGAUCACUAUGUCCAUAGCACCAAAAGAUGUUCAUAAGAACCAGAUUCAAUUUGCUCUUGAGCGUGGUGUACCUGCCAUGGUGGCAGCAUUUGCAACUCAUUGUCUGCUGUAUCCAAGCCAGGCUUUUGAUUUGAUACAUUGUUCAAGAUGUAGAAUUAAUUGGACCCGUGAUGAUGGAAUUUUGCUUCUUGAGGCCAAUAGGAUGCUUAGGGCUGGAGGCUACUUUGUUUGGGCAGCGCAUCCAGUUUAUCAACAUGAAGAGAAUCGUGAAGAACAAUGGAAAGAGAUGGUGGACCUUACUGUUCGUCUUUGCUGGGAGCUUGUGAGGAAGAAGGGUUAUCUUGCUAUUUGGCAGAAGCCUAUGAACAACAGCUGUUAUGUCAGUCGCGAUCCUGGAGCCGAACCUCCUCUUUGUGAUCCUGAUGAUGACCCAGACAAUGUUUGGAAUGUUCGUCUGAAGGCAUGCAUCACUCGAUUACCAGAGAAUGGAAAUGGAGCAAAUGUUCCAUUGUGGCCCGCACGCCUGCAGAAUCCACCAGAUAGGCUUCAGACCAUACAAAUGGAUGCCUACAUAUCUAGAAAAGAACUCUUCAAGGCAGAGUCUAACUACUGGAAUGAUAUAAUAAGAGGUUAUGCUCGUGCUUUUCAUUGGAAAAAAAUGAAAGUUCGAAAUGUGAUGGACAUGAAAGCUGGGUUUGGAGGAUUUGCAGCAGCAUUAAUUGGCCAACAGAUUGAUUGCUGGGUGAUGAACGUCGUUCCUGUUAGUGGGCCCAAUACAUUGCCUAUUAUUUAUGAUCGUGGACUUGUAGGAGUUAUGCAUGAUUGGUGUGAGCCGUUCGAUACUUAUCCAAGAACUUAUGAUUUGUUACAUGCAGCCAAUCUCUUCUCCAUUGAGAAAAAGAGGUGCAACAUCUCUGUUAUCAUGCUUGAGAUGGAUCGAAUACUAAGACCUGGGGGCCGUGUGUAUAUUCGCGAUACUGUAUCAGUCAUAGGUGAAGUUCAGGAGGUUGGAAAAGCCAUGGAGUGGCAUACUGUGCUACGUGAUACAUCUGAGGGACCGUAUUCAAGUUGGAAGAUCUUAACAUGUGACAAACCCCUUUUGCAUGCUUGAAUGAGUGAGGCUUGUAAAGUAACUGUUACCCACCAUUUCAUAAAUUUUGAGGGAAUGAUAGAUGCUGACACUAAAGUAAUGCUUUGCAACUAUCAAGACUUUGAUGAGCAAAAAUUGUUCUGUCAAGGGCAUUCCCAACCUAAUCCACCCAUGGAUGCAUCUCGUUUGAUUAUCAUUCUUUUUUCAAGCUCAUUUGUAAUUUCACCCAUAGAAAGAAGAGAAAAUAAAGUUGUCCUUUUUUAAUCUUUUAUCUUUAUAGAUUAGGUUCAAGUAAAUGUAAGUUGUUGUAACCUCUAAUCAUUGUUAGCACAACAUUCAUAUCACUAACCAGCCAUUCCUUUGUCAUUUAA